GAUUCGAAUUGACAUUUCCGUACGUCCUAUACUACGUGUUUCGUUCAGGGUCUCUAUCUUACCCAAUUAUCACGAACGCAGCCUCGCUUUUACGUCUUUCAAUUGCGAUUUUAUAUCGAUUCUGCUGAGCAGUCGAGCGUUAACUUCUCUUCUUAAAAGCGUCCUGCUUUUUAAUUUUUUAUUCAACUACGAUAAGAACCUUGUUCCUCGAAGAAUUCAAAGUCGAGGCACGCUUCACUGGAGAGCUAUCGGAUAUUAUUUCCCCCGGGAUAACUUGAACAAUGAUACUCGCGACUCGAUCAGGCCGUGGCCUGCACCACGCGAUGAGAAGAUCACGCGCUGAAAGGAAAUAUGCUACUACGAUCGCGACCGCAGCACAGCAAUUCUACAGGGCGUUUUUCCAAUGGACGAGAGACGAGAUGAGAAGUAAUGCUCUUGGGGCUAGGUCUAUAUGUCAGAAAAGGAAUCAUCAGAUAUCUCUCUCGAGUAGAGCUUAUUCUUCUUUUUCGUCAAUCAACGCUGCUCCGGCUGGAGCAGCAGCGGCAUCGUCAUCCUCAUCAUACUCAUCAUCGACCUCACCGUCUUCCCAGACGACGCAGCAAUCGCGUCACAACGCUGCGACCCUCGCCGCAGCUACAGACAGCGAACCCAACCCGCUAUCAACACGCACACGGCAUCUUUUCCGCAAGAUUCCGCAUCCCGUCGUGCUCAUUACCACGACGCAACCUCAGUCAUCACAGGACCCGCAGGACUCACCACAAAUUCUAGAACAAGAGCAAGCGCAAGCGCAAGCACAGCUUGAGCACCGAUUCCGCGGCAUGACCGUCUCGUCCUUCACCAGUCUGACCCUCGACCCGUUUCCCAUCAUCGCUUUCAACGUCCUCUUGCCCAGCCGGACCUACGCUGCGCUGGCUGCCUCGGGGGAGUUUCUAGUCCACGUUCUCGCAGCGAAUCAGCAGGGCGCGGAUGUAGCAGGGAGGUUUACAAAGGGUGAUGCAGUCGGUGCGUUUCGGUCUUUGGCGCAGACGAAGUCGGAGCCACACAGUCAGGCGCAGACGCAGACGCAGACGCAGUCGUCAGAGUCACAAGCUAGUCACGCAGGCCCGUCCGUAGGCAUCCUGCGAUCCCUCCGCAACGACUACCUCUCCCCUCGGCGCCCUACCGGUAGCAAUAGCGAUAGCGCCAACAAGACUACUGAGGGCCUACCGCUCGUUACAGGACCAGGCGUCAUGCACGUCUUGCGAUGCGAAUUAUUCGACCCCUUCAGAGGCGUUGGUGUCUUGUCUGCCAACACUUCAUCUGCCAUUCCGUCGGACAUAUCGCCGCGCUCGCCUCCCACCGCGGGUGCCGGCCCGGGCGCAGAAACCGGCGUGCGCGUCGGCUCGCACGUUAUCGUCAUGGGCAAGGUUGUGGGCGUCAUUGAUCGGGAUUCGGUUCCUUCGUCUUCCACUUCCUCGUCAGCUUCUACAUCAUCCUCCCCGUCAUCGGAUACGCCCACCGAGACCGAAACCGAAACCGACACGGCGCUGGUCUACGUCGAUCGCAAAUUCGGCAGAGUCGGUGGAGAUUUACAUUAGACUAUUACACUCCUGGUGGAUUUUCGAUAUAGACUACUUACUUACUACCUGACCUUUUAAACGAUUAGAAUCAGAGAAAAGUACAUAUUUUAGAUCGAGUUGGAUUUUUUUUUAACUAGAGCGCGGAACGCUGAACCUAGAGCGCUGAGCGCUAAGCAUGGAGCACAGCAUAGAGUACAUAGCACAUAGUACAGGACAUUUAGGACGCAGAGUCAUUUUGUACAUAUACGCAUUCUAUUUUGUAUCAUACCUACCUAGCUACCUUAGUUACUGUAUCAUAUCUCGCUGCAUAUAUAUGUAUCUACCGAA